CCCAUAUCGUCCGAACCACAAGAGGCGGUUUCAUUUUGCAGCGAGGAAACUGAGGAAACUAGUCUCGCACUUCUGGUCCAAAACAAGAACGUGAAGGACCUUUUGGGUUGAACUGCUAAAGCAAAGAGCCAACAGGAAAUGGGGGUCGCAGAAGAAGCGGAAGUCGUUUAACAGUCUGGUUCCGACGAGCAGCGUUCCCUCAUUUGUGUUGCGGCGUGGAGCGAAACCCAUCUUGGAGCUUACAUUUGCGUUUUAAGAAGGCACCUUUAUAUCAGGGUGCCAUGAGCAGCGAGCUGAAUGUGCAGAUGGGUUCCCCCGUCCCGGGGGUCUCGGAGCAGGCUCCGGAAAAUGGAGGGAUGGACUACAGGGACUGGGUACGGCGUAGUUACCUGGAGCUGGUCAGCUCCAACCACCAUUCGGUGCAGGCUCUGUCCUGGAGGAAACUCUACCUGAGUCGGGCCAAACUGAAGGCCUCCAGCCGGACGUCUGCACUGUUGUCGGGUUUUGCGAUGGUGGCCAUGGUGGAGGUGGAGUUGGAGGUGGAGUACUGUUACCCCCGAGCGCUCCUCAUCGCCUUCAGUGUUUGCACCACCGUGCUGGUGGCCGUGCACCUCUUCGCUCUGCUGAUCAGCACCUGCAUCCUGCCCAACGUUGAAGCAGUGAGCAACAUACACAACCUGAACUCUGUCAGCGAGUCUCCUCACGAGCGCAUGCACCACUACAUCGAGCUAGCGUGGGGAUUCUCCACCGCCCUGGGAAUCCUGCUGUUCCUGGUCGAGGUGGUGCUGCUCUGCUGGGUCAAGUUCCUGCCCGUAGACUCCGGCGGGGUCAAGAAGGCGGCCCCUUGCGGCACCGACGAGGUGAAGCCCACUGCUACGGCGGCGCUGCACAGCGGCUGGCAGGCGGCGCUGGCCUCCACCAUCAUCAUGGUCCCAGUGGUGGUGAUUUUUCUGUUGUUCACCAUUCACUUCUACCGCUCUCUGGUGCGCCACAAGACUGAGCGCCACCACCAGGAGAUUGAGGAACUGCACAAGAUUAAAGUGCAGCUAGACGGCCAUGAGAGAGGCCUUCAAAACGUGUGAAGAUGGCAGCUUUAAAGACUUCUUUGUUACAUAUUUCUCUGGCACUUGAGCAGCUUUUCAGAUGUGUUUGAAUGCUAAUUUAUUCUUCAGUCUGUCGAAUGUUACGUUUAGGGAAAAAGUUUAGAGUUUACAACGAAGGGGGCUGUUGCGUCAGUGUGUGUUUGCUAUGUUACACGGAUGAGCGUGACUCGUCUUAGAGCAGCUCCUCUCAUCCUGUCAGUAAAAAUAUUCAGGAUUUAAAGGCAGGAGGCUAAUUUAAGCUGCUUUUCUUCCAUCUGUAGGGAAACCAUCAGCUUGAGUUUGAAGCUAAUUAACAGUUUGUGUGAUCGGCCAAAGGAGGUUUGUUUAAAAAGGAACCUUGGCUGUAAAGUUAUGUGUCAUUUCAGAGCUUUUGCUGGUUGGAUUAGCUGAAAAUAGAUUUUAAAAACACAUGGCCAGGAGCAUUCGGAGUGCACCAAAGUAACGGCAUGCUUUCCUGCCUUUCCUGAUACCAAAUAUUUUCCACCGGAUUCCAAAGGAAACAUGGAGUCAGACCCAUAAAUGUGUGUUUGGCGCCACACGGUGGCACGGAAGUCUUAAAAACAAAAAAGAUGUUGCAUUUUUGUGAACUAGCUCGGAUGUCAGCUGUUUUCAUCCAAAAUCUCAUUUUGUCCUCCUACAAAGCUUUUGCCUUCUGUUACAAAGACCGCAGCCUGUGUAGAAAGCACUGCAAAUGCUGCUCCAAAUGUUUAAAUGUGUCCAUCUUUCAUCUCGCCUUACAGAAAUCCUGCCUUUUAUACAGUGCUGCUUUGCUAAACAACAAACAUCUUCAACUGGAAACACUGAAACUUCAUAAAGGGCAACGGGAAACGUCCGACUGAAGAACACAAGCACCAACCGAUUACAUUCCAAAUGACGACAGACCAAAGUGUCACUCAGUCACGGUUUCUAUUCACAAGAGACUAAAGUGCACUUGCAGUUUUUUUGAUAGUGAUUUAGUAUCAUUUUGGUUUGCUUAUCAGACUUUGCCUUGGAUCGUCUCAUGUGACGCGUGUCAUCCGCGGAAGCUGCGUUUCACAUCCUGGAACAUACUGCCAAAAUAAAAGGAAUGAAGAUA